UGUGGUUUUAAUUUCCUAAUAAGGCGAUUAGAGGUGUUGAAGGCCUAGUACUAGAUCACACUCUGACUUGAGUAUAAAGAGUCGACCACUCUCUCUUCGAUGCCAGUCUUGAUCAUUCUCAUCAGCAGCCAAAUUUUGGGUAUUUCAUCUCCCACUCCACUCAUCUUAUCUGAUCGAUACAAUGAAGGUCACCAUCGCCUCCCUAUUCCUUACCAUCACCAGUCUGGCCGCGGCUCAGUGGGGUGGAGAGUCGUGUAGCGAGGCUGGCCGUGUUACCUGCAGCCCAAGCAACGGUCAGCGGUAUGUACCUAAUCAUCAGCCUUGUGUGGGUAUGACGGAUACUUAUUAGUGGACAGAUACCCGCAUAUAAUGGUCUGUGUCAACCGCGGGAGCGGCCUCAAAUGGGAGAUUCAGGCCACCUGUCCCAACGGCCAGUCGUGCCACUACAGCACCAACAACUGGGCCUGGUGUGAGCCCUACUGAGAAGCGGGGUGGAAGAUAGCUGGGAGUGAUGGUGCUAUGAUGUGGUUCGAUUUUAUGUGUCGAGGUGAUCUCCGCUAUUGGGCAAGUUGGCUAGGGCGGUGCAAUACAGUUUCUUACCUGUUGGCACGACCUGCAGGCGCUAACUGCGAGGCUUCAGCCUUGUAGUUGGAGUACAGAACUUGACAUUAUUAAGGUUC